CCAUCUUUUGUAGUGCUAUGCUAUGAUGUUUGCCAUUGCCAUUGCCAUCACUCCAAAAUUUCCAUCCUUUCUUAGCAAUCUGCUUAAUUGGAUGUUACAAAAACAUAAAUUAUCAAUUAACCCUUUUCCUCACACAAAUCCUCUCUAGCAUUCGUCCAAUUUCAGUCACUCCCACCACAUAAGAGAAGAAGAAGACCAACACAAGAAAAUAUUACAAGAGGUUUGUCUAUAAAAAAAACCACCAAAAUUUUGUCUUCCUUUUUUUUUUUUUUUUUUUUUUUUUUUUUUUUUUUUUUUUUUUUUUUUUUUUUUUUUCUGAGAUUACUUUAGUACGAGGAAGACACAAAACAAAGUUCCAAGUUACAAUUUUAAGAAACACCAACAUCAAUUUCAGAUCUCAAUCUUGGAUCCCCAUUGAAAGUUUUUAUUUUUUGGUUACCCUUUUUCUUCAAUUCAAAAUUGUUUUUUGGGUCAAAGUUUAUGGCUUCAUCUUCUGGUAAUAAUCCAAAUCAACAACAACAACAAUUUGAUUUGCAAAAGCUUAUCAAAGGAACAACGACAACAACACAAACACAAACAAAUCUUAAUCCUUUACCACCACUUUCUUCAAAUUUGAACUCUUCUCCAUCAUUUCCUUCUCCUUCUCUAUCUACACCCCCUCCUUCUUCUUUUCCUACCCCUUCUUCUUCAUACCCUCCACCAACUGGUACAUACCCUUAUCAUCAUCAUAUUCAACAUCAUCCUCACUAUCUUCCUUUUCCAAAUCUUCAUCAUCAACAAAAUCAAGAACACCCUCUUAUUCUUCAUCACCAUCCUCAAAUGCAUGCACCUCAAAGACCAAUUUUUCAACCCUCUCCUUCUUCUUCUUCAUCUCCUAUUUCACCUUCAUCUCCAAAUCCAAAUACUACCUCAGGUGCACGCUUAAUGGCUAUGUUAAACCCUCCUUCAAAUCAAGAAUCUAUGACUAUGACUAUGUAUUCACCAUCUUCAUCCACAUCAGCAGUUUCUGAAUUUUCAGUGUCAGCAGCAAACCCUGCUGGUUCUUCUCCUGUCAACAUGGCAAGUCCUCAGUCUACACCAACAAGGAUGAUGAGUAGCAAGGUUCCAAAGGGUAGGCAUUUGAAAGGAGAACAUGUUGUUUAUGAUAUUGAUGUUAAGUUGCCUGGGGAAAUGCAGCCUCAGCUUGAAGUCACUCCAAUCACUAAGUAUGCAUCUGAUCCUGGUCUUGUGCUUGGUCGACAAAUCGCGGUUAAUAGAUCUUACAUAUGCUAUGGACUUAAAUUAGGGGCUAUUCGGGUCCUUAAUAUCAAUACUGCAUUGAGAUAUUUGCUUCGAGGUCAUACUCAGAGAGUAUCCGACAUGGCAUUUUUUGCUGAGGAUGUUCACCUGUUAGCCAGUGCUAGCACUGAUGGGAGAAUUUUUAUAUGGAAAAUCAAUGAGGGCCCUGACGAGGAAGACAAGCCUCAAAUUACUGGAAAAGUUAUCCUAGCUAUUCAAAUAUUAGGAGAGAGUGAGUCAGUUCAUCCGCGAAUAUGCUGGCAUCCCCAUAAACAAGAGAUUUUAAUUGUUGCUAUUGGAAACUGUAUCCUUAAAAUUGACACUAUGAAAGCUGGAAAAGGUAAAACUUUUUCUGCAGAGGAGCCUCUCCAAUGUGCCAUUGAUAAGUUGAUUGACGGGGUGAACCUUAUUGGUAAGCAUGAUGACAAUAUCACUGAGUUGUCAAUGUGCCAAUGGAUGAAGAGUCGAUUAGCUUCAGCAUCAGCAGAUGGCACGGUGAAGAUAUGGGAAGAACGUAAGGCAACACCACUUGCUGUUUUAAGACCACAUGAUGGUAAACCUGUUAAUUCUGUGACGUUCUUGACUGCUCCUCAUCGCCCAGAUCACAUCGUUCUUGUCACAGCGGGGCCACUAAAUCAGGAAGUGAAGAUAUGGGUAUCUGGUUACGAAGAAGGUUGGUUAUUGCCUAGUGAUUCUGAGUCUUGGAUUUGUGUUCAGACUUUGGAUAUAACAAGUUCUUCUGAAGCAAACCCCGAGGAUACAUUCUUUAAUCAAGUUGUAGCAUUGCCUCGUGCUGGUUUGGUUCUGCUAGCAAAUGCCAAGAAAAACACUAUAUAUGCUGUGCACAUAGAGUAUGGACCCAAUCCAACUGCAACUCGCAUGGAUUAUAUUUCCGAGUUUGCAGUUACAAUGCCCAUAUUAAGCCUUAUUGGAACUAGUGAUAGUUUACCAGACGGGGACCAUCUCGUACAGAUAUAUUGUGUUCAAACACAAGCUAUUCAACAGUAUGGACUCAAUUUGUCACAAUGUUUGCCUCCACCCUUAGACAAUGUUGAACUUGACAAAACAGAACCCAUUGUGUCUCGUGCUUUUGAUGCUUGGGAUGGAUCUACUGAUGUGGAAACUGGUAAUAUGCCACAAGCCCAUUUGACUAAUAAUGAAAGUCUUGUAAAUUUGGCUGCUUCGGAUAUUCGUGGUCUGCCUGAAGCUUCUGUGUCAGAUACUGAGACCAAGCCAAAUGAUUUAUCUUCUCAUGAUGGUUUAGAGCAUGUCCACGCUGCUCCACCUCCACUUCCUCCGAGUCCAAGAUUGUCACGGAAGUUAUCUGGUUCCAAAAGUUCGUCUAAUAUUUUAGAGACCACCUCAACAAGUGCUGCUGAUCACAGCAAUGAGCCCACAAAUCUUGAUUCUUCUGCAGAGCAGAGAAUAGAGUCUGAAAAAGAUAUUAUGGCUGAUGCGCCUACAUCCAGUGACAAUUUGCAAGAAAAUGACAAAGUUCUACAAGAUGGUGUUUCUGUGAUUUCUAAUACCCCUACAAUAUUUAAACACCCGACUCAUUUGGUCACUCCAUCUGAGAUAUUCUCUAAAGCUACUUUGUCUUCUGCUAAUUCCCAUACUUCUCAAGGUAUGGAUGUUCAAGGGGUAGCUGGCCACAGUGAUGCAGAAAAGUUAGAAGUAGUAGAGGUUAAAGUAGUGGGUGACACAGGUUCUAAUCAAGAAAACACUGAGUAUGACAGAGACAGAGGCCCGCACACCGAUGUUGCUGAGAAGAAAGAGAAGUUAUUCUACUCUCAGGCUUCUGGUCUUGGCAUUCAGAUGGCCAGAGACACCUAUAAUAUCGAGGGAGUUCCUCAGGCUGAUAAUACUAAUACUAUCGAUGCGCCUGAUAAAAUUCGUACAUCGAUCGAUGGAGAAGUUCAGGACACAAAUAAGGAGGCACCUGCAAACAUCAAGGAAUCAGAAGCUGUGGCUGCAACUUUGCAGACUCCAGCACCUUCCGCAAAAGGUAAAAGGCAGAAAGGUAAAGUUUCUCAAGUGUCUGGUACAUCUUCCGCUUCUCCCAGCCCUUUUAACUCAACGGAUUCAGCAAAUGAUCAAGGUAGAAAUUCAGGUGGCUUGUCCAUGGAGGCUGCUUUGCCUCAAUUAUCUAAUAUGCACGAGAUGCUGGGCCAGCUAUUAAGCAUGCAAAAAGAAAUGCAAAAGCAGAUGAAUGUGAUGGUUUCGGUCCCCGUUACUAAGGAAGGCAAAAGAUUAGAAGGGUCAUUGGGUCGAAGCAUAGAGAAGGUAGUCAAGGCUAACAAUGAUGCUUUGUGGGCUCGUAUACAAGAAGAAAAUGCAAAGCAAGAGAAAUUAGAGCGAGACCAUGUGCAGCAAAUAACAAAUUUGAUCUCAAAUUACAUAAACAAGGAUAUGACAUCUCUAUUGGAGAAAAUCAUUAAGAAGGAAGUAUCUUCAAUUGGAACAACCAUUACUCGUUCGAUUAGUCAAAAUAUAGAGAAAGCAGUAUCAACAGCUAUGACAGAGUCAUUCCAGAAGGGGGUGGGAGAGAAAGCAUUGAAUCAACUAGAAAAGUUAGUUAGUUCAAAACUUGAAGCUACGGUGGCUAGGCAGAUCCAAGCACAUUUUCAAACUUCUGGCAAGCAGGUUCUUCAGGAAGCACUUAGGACUAGUGUGGAAACUACAUUAGUUCCUGCUUUUGAGAAGUCUUGCAAAGGGAUGUUUGAGCAAAUUGAUGUCACUUUUCAGAACGGUUUCUUGAAGCACACAACUGCUAUUCAACAGCAAUAUGAUUCUACUCAUUCUCCUCUAGCCAUGACUUUGAGGGAAACAAUUAAUUCAGCAUCAUCGAUCACUCAAACUUUGAGCGGGCAAUUGGCUGAUGGCCAACGUAAACUUAUGGAAAUGGUAGCCAAUUCCAAAGUGGCUGUCGAUCCUUUUGUAACACAAAUCAACAAUGGUUUGCAUGAGAUGACUGAGGAUCCAACCAAAGAACUAUCAAGGUUAAUAAGUGAGGGAAAAUUUGAGGAAGCAUUUACUGGAGCCCUUCAUAGAAGUGAUGUUUCAAUAGUUUCUUGGUUAUGUUCUCAGGUUGAUUUAACCGGUAUCUUGACAAUUGUGCCGUUGCCAUUAAGCCAAGGAGUACUUUUAUCUCUUCUACAGCAACUGUCCUGUGACAUCAAUACAGAGACACCCAGAAAAUUGGCAUGGAUGACAGAUGUGGCUGCUGCUAUAAACCCUGCAGAUACAAGGAUUGCAGCGCAUGUGCGACCAAUAUUGGAUCAAGUGUACCGAACACUAGACCAUCAUCGUAAUUUACCAACUACUUCCCCUUCAGAAGUUAGCACAAUCCGCCUCCUCAUGCACGUCAUAAACUCGGUGUUAUUGAGCUGUAAAUGAGUUCAAUGUAUGUUGUCAUCGGUGCAGAAUGUGUCGAGUAUCAUUGUUGGUUUGUAUAGAGAUAGUUUCGAGGGGGAUGAAGUGAACUACUGUGUGUAGUUUCCUUUGUACAACUGAUUUGUGUGAAUUAGUUUCACUUCUUCUGUACGCUUCUUUGUAUUUUCAUCUUCACAGUCCUUCACCGACAAGGGAUAGUGUGACAUCGUCAUACAAAGAAGUUAACAUCACAUUAGUUUCCAAACUGCAAUUGGAGUGUAAACCGAAUCCAAGGUUGCUAGCAGUUGAGGAUUGAAGUGGCUGCACCAAGCUCUCACUACGAAAGGGUUCGGAGAAAAGUCGGAACUGUUAUAGAUCCUUUGUAGACAACCUUAUUGUGAAAUGAGAACACGGAGGUUGGUUUGGUUCGGUUUAGAGGCAAUGUUGUUUUGCUAGGAUGUUGUGUGUGGGCUGGCUCUCAGGUGGCGGUUUCCGGUGCAUGCUGGUUUUGAAUGUGUUAAAAUUAUCAGUCAUUAAUACUAAUGAAAUGAGAGCCUCCCUGUUAUGUAAACUUUAUACUCAAUGUAGCUACUAUAGAAAUUUAGACUUUUGCUAGAGAUUAUAAGGGGUGUAUUCAUCAUUUUAGACUUUUGCUAGAGAUUAUGGUGCUGUUUGGAUUAGUUUUUUUAUCUACCAGAGUUUAUUAAAAUAAGUUUAUGAAUUUUCACUUAACAAAAAAA